AUGGUUCCAGCUUCUGUGAACAACUACAUCCAACAGCAACCUCUGCCUCGUUUGACACAAUCUGACACUAAUAGAACCCGAGGAAUAUUGUCUCGAAACACUCGACAAGAACCACCCAGCGCAAGUCUAGCUAUUAAGUCAGAACCUCAGUGGAACGGCCCAGUCAACUCGCCUUCUGCCAACACCGAAGUCGUCAGCACAACUUCUCUUGUAAAUACAAGCAACGAGGUCAAUUUCGGAACGGGGGUUGAUGGUCUUAUGAAGGCUAUCCAGGCCAAAUCGAAAAACACAACACCGCAGACAACUUCACUUGUCGAUCAGACUAGUAGUCGGCAGGGUGACAAGAAACGCCACCAAUGUAGGACAUGCCCCAAAAGCUUCCAUCAAAAGACACACCUCGAUAUCCACGAGCGAGCCCAUACUGGGGUAAAGCCAUACCCAUGCAAAGAACCCGGCUGCGGCCGUAGUUUUUCUCAAGGGGGAAACUUGAGGACGCACGAACGACGGCACAGUGGAGAACGCCCAUACGCAUGUAACAUUUGUUGGAAGAGAUUCGCGCAAAGCGGGGGCAUCAGGGCACACAUGGUCGUUCACAAUAAAUCUAAGCCCUUUCUCUGUCGUCUCGAUGAAUGCGACCAAAGAUGCACGACGCUGGGUAAUCUCAAACUGCACCAAAACAGAUUCCAUAGCGAUACCAUUCGCACUCUGACUACCAAGUUCGCCUCUAUUAAGGAUGGGGAUAUCGUUAAAGCUUCUGAGAAAAAAGCAUGGGAGUACUUUGCUAAUCUGUACAAGAACAGCAACAAGGGCAUUAAGGGUCGCGGCAAGGACAGUAAAAUUGGCCACAGCGGCAGUGGUGGUGCGAGCUCCAUGGGAACUUGCGAUGAUGAUAUACCCUUGGCGUUUGGAGAAAGGAUAUAUUGA